AUGACAAGCUUGAAUAUCCAAAUUGCAGAGUGUCAUCAAAAGGUUAAGUGUUUUAAAGAAGCUUUGCAGAACCAGAGGGCAACCCUAGGCAUAAAUGGGCAUUCAAAUCUUGCUAGCAUCCAAAAGAGUGCUUAUCUUCAAGAUAUUGGCCUUGGGGAUGAUUCAGAUGGGUUACUACCCCCAUGGUUAGCUGAUGAAAAAGUGUGCUCAGGGAUCAGAUCACUUCUUGAGCUGAGGCAGUGUGAAGAAGAGGAAAGGCACCUGUUGCAGGAAAGAAGAGCUUUGACAGAGUGGUUUUCUGAAGAGUGGGGUUGUGUGCAGAAAACCAGACAGAGUGCUGAUGUUGAUCUUGCAUAUGAACUUGACUGCAGAGCAUUGAGACUAGCAGGUCUGUGCAUCUUGUGGAAGAGGCAACUUAGAGGCUAUCCUGGAACACCUAAUGAGAACUGGGGUGCAAGUGAUGAAGAACUGCACAGCAUGGUGCAGGGUGGUCAUGUUAUAUAUAUUGAUAGUGUUAAUGAGGAGAGGUUUGAUGGAUGUCCCAAUGUAGCCUUAUGA